AAACCUCUCCUGGCUCGCCGCUCGGUCCUGUAGCGCACGCCCGUCCUUGCGGUUUGCCUUGGCUCGCCUGAGCGCCGCGCCGCCACCAGGCACCAGCCGCUUUGCCUUUCUCCGUCUGCCUUAGACAGGUGACAGCAGGGACAUGUCUCGAGAACUGCAGGACGUGGACCUGGCCGAGGUCAAGCCUUUGGUGGAGAAAGGGGAGACCAUCACCGGCCUCCUUCAAGAGUUCGAUGUUCAGGAGCAGGACAUCGAGACUUUACAUGGCUCCAUUCACGUCACACUCUGUGGGACCCCCAAGGGGAACCGGCCUGUCAUCCUCACGUACCACGACAUCGGCAUGAACCACAAAACCUGCUACAACCCCCUCUUCAACUCCGAAGACAUGCAGGAGAUCACCCAGCACUUUGCCGUCUGUCACGUGGAUGCUCCUGGCCAACAGGACGGAGCCGCCUCCUUCCCCAUGGGGUACAUGUACCCCUCCAUGGACCAGCUGGCUGAAAUGCUUCCUGGAGUCCUCCACCAGUUUGGGCUGAAGAGCGUCAUCGGCAUGGGAACUGGUGCUGGCGCCUAUGUCCUAACUAGAUUUGCCCUGAACAACCCUGAGAUGGUGGAAGGCCUCGUCCUCAUCAACGUGAACCCUUGUGCAGAAGGCUGGAUGGACUGGGCCGCCUCCAAGAUCUCUGGGUGGACCCAAGCCCUGCCGGACAUGGUGGUGUCUCACCUCUUCGGGAAGGAAGAAAUGCAUAACAACGUGGAGGUGGUCCACACCUACCGCCAGCACAUCGUGAACGACAUGAACCCCACCAACCUGCACCUGUUCAUCAACGCCUACAACAGCCGGCGGGACCUGGAGAUCGAGCGGCCCGUGCCGGGCACCCACACCGUCACCCUGCAGUGCCCUGCAUUGUUGGUGGUUGGGGACGAUUCUCCUGCCGUGGACGCUGUGGUGGAGUGCAACUCUAAGCUGGACCCCACGAAGACCACCCUCCUCAAGAUGGCGGACUGUGGCGGCCUCCCCCAGAUCUCCCAGCCAGCCAAGCUUGCUGAGGCCUUCAAGUACUUCGUGCAGGGCAUGGGAUACAUGCCCUCUGCCAGCAUGACCCGCCUGAUGCGGUCCCGCACGGCCUCAGGUUCCAGCGUCACCUCCCUGGAGGGUGCCCGCAGCCGCUCCCACACUAGCGAAGGUGCCCGCAGCCGCUCUCACACCAGUGAGGGUGCUCGUCUCGACGUCAUUCCCAGCUCCAGCACCACUGGGGACAGUACCGGGCCCAAGUCCAUGGAGGUGUCCUGCUAGGCAGCCUUGCGGCCUCCGUCCCUGGACUUGGAUCUGUAGCAGCCCCCUCCCUUCCAGCCCUUUCCCUCCCCCUGCCUGCCAUGCCGCACAUAACUUGACAUUAAUCCAAAGCUUAUUUUCCAAGAGUGAGCUCUGGUGAUGACAAUGUUAGAUGGGUUUGGGGUGAGUCUCUCUGACCUGGGCGGGGGCAGGGGUGGACCAAAGACAAAAAAGCAUCUCAGAGGUUCUGUUUUUAUUAACCAGUGGCCUGCUGGCCACUGUACUACCCUCCCUCAGAGACACCAAACUGCCAAAAACAAGAAACGCAGCCGUAAACACUUCAUAAACCCAAGCCUAGGGUGCCUGGAGUACCCUGCUGCGAACAGGCACUUUGUCAGAAGGCCAGCCCACCCCCUUCCUCUUUUCUCUCCAACUGAAAAAAAAAAAACUGACCCCGUUUCUGGAAACAAAACCCUUUCGGAUUUGGAAAGGGGGACAGCAGUGAAUUGUGGGUGGCGCUUUUAACUAGGCAAAACAGGAAGGGGAAAAAAAAAAUUUCUGUCGGGGCUACAGAUUGUUUGGAAAAAAACCUCUGAAGUGAACGUCAAGUGUAGAUCUUUAUUAAGUUGUGCAUAUGGACACUUUUUAAUGCUGAAGCCUUGGAGGCUGUUUUUCUGGCACCUUUCCGAUGUGUAACUAAAGUGGACAAGAAAGUCACCUGGCUUGACAAAGGAACAGUCUUGGCAAAUAGUGGGUGUCAUGAUUUUAAGACUUUAGCUCUGCCACCUGCCCCCUCUUCUCCAGCCCCCACCUCUCACCCCAGACUCACGUGUGAGUGAUUAUUUUCGUGCGUGAGGAAGAUCCUGUAGACUUGUAGAUGCAUUCUCUGCAGUAGAGAAAACAUUCCUAUCAGCUGUACCGGCUGUGAUGGUUUUAAAUGCCGGGAAAAGGGGGAUAGUAUAUUGGGGUGGGGGGCAGUGUUUUGGGUUACUAGAUGUAAGGGUUCCGUUUGGUUGUGAUGCAGUUGGUGAAGUUGUAAUUUCAGUGGCUCCAACCCUGGUUCCCGGGAAUCUCGUAUAAUCGAGUCCGGUCCAGCUUCCAAGCUGUGAUAGCUGGAGUAUAACCUGGACUUGAGGGCAAUCUGUUCAAACCUGGUAACCUUGCUCUGUCUUCUGAUAGACCUGUUUGCUCUGGAGAGGGGUGGAGGUUUGUGUGGGGAGUGGUGGCUGAGAAGAUAUAGAAUAUAUGCUCCAUGGGGCUUUCCUUCCCUCUCCUCUGCCUCCCCCCUCCCCUGCCCAGCUAACCUCCUUUCGCUGAAUGGGCGGCCCUACUGACUGAGCUGGGGGUCGGCGUCGCUGUCAAGUUCCCGUACUACUGCCUUUUGAUUUUGAUUCCGGCUAACCUUGGAUUUACUUAGGGGAAGUUUGAUCAGAGUGCGUUGAAGGUUGUGACUCAGCCACUGGGGCCUGGUGACUUCGGGACCCUUGAGUUGGCAGAAGGAAGUAAUCAAGCCUUCUAGGUAGCUUGAGAGGCAAUGACUUAGUUUACCUGCCGCCACCACCUUGGAGGCUUCCUCUGACCUUGUGCAGAAAGGUUGGGACAAAGGCGAGAGUGGCUGAAUCGAGACAGGAAGCUAUCGUGUACAAGACUUUUCAGAGGAGUUUCUUAAUGAGAUAUUUGUAUUUAUUUCCAGACCAAUAAAUUUGUAACUUUGCAGUG